CAGGACCCUGUUCAAAUCUCAGGAGCUCCGAUCAACCGUCUUCACCGCCCGUCCACGAACAACGAUUACACGUGAGGAGCCGAUGCGCAACUCCCGGCCCCGCCCUCGAGGUUUCUUGACGUCACUAGUCCGCGCCCCGCGCACUAUUUGACGCGCUGUGACCCGCCUGCCGGAAGCCGGGUGGCUGACCAUGGCGACAGUGGCGGAGCAGUGGGUGCUGGUGGAGAUGGUGCAGGCGCUGUAUGAGGCUCCAGCAUACCAUCUUAUUCUGGAAGGAAUUCUAAUACUUUGGAUAAUCAGACUGGUUUUCUCUAAAACCUACAAGUUGCAGGAGCGAUCUGAUCUUACAGCCAAGGAAAAGGAAGAACUGAUUGAAGAGUGGCAGCCAGAACCUCUCGUCCCUCCUGUCUCGAAAAACCAUCCUGCCCUCAACUACAACAUCGUUUCUGGCCCUCCAACCCACAACAUCGUGGUGAAUGGAAAAGAGUGUGUAAACUUUGCCUCCUUUAAUUUUCUUGGGUUGCUGGCCAACCCUCGGGUUAAGGCGGCAGCUUUAGCAUCUUUAAAGAAGUAUGGCGUGGGUACCUGUGGACCCCGAGGAUUUUAUGGCACAUUUGAUGUCCAUCUGGAUUUGGAAGAGCGCCUGGCAAAAUUUAUGAGGACCGAAGAAGCCAUCAUUUACUCGUAUGGAUUUUCUACCAUAGCCAGUGCGAUUCCUGCAUACUCUAAGAGAGGGGAUAUUGUUUUUGUGGACAGUGCGGCUUGCUUUGCUAUCCAGAAAGGAUUACAGGCAUCACGCAGUGACAUUAAGUUAUUUAAGCAUAAUGAUGUAGCUGACCUGGAGCGACUGCUAAAAGAACAAGAGAUUGAAGAUCAAAAGAAUCCUCGAAAGGCUCGUGUGACUCGGCGUUUCAUCGUCGUGGAAGGAUUGUAUAUGAACACUGGAACCAUCUGUCCUCUUCCAGAACUGGUUAAGUUAAAAUACAGAUAUAAAGCAAGACUCUUUCUGGAAGAAAGCCUUUCUUUUGGAGUCCUUGGAGAGCAUGGACGAGGAGUAACCGAGCACUAUGGGAUCAGUAUUGAGGACAUCGACCUAAUCAGUGCUAACAUGGAGAACGCUCUAGCGUCUGUCGGGGGCUUCUGCUGCGGCAGGUCUUUCGUGGUUGACCAUCAGCGGCUCUCUGGCCAAGGAUACUGCUUUUCAGCUUCAUUACCUCCCCUGCUAGCUGCUGCCGCCAUCGAGGCCCUCAACAUCAUGGAGGAGAAUCCAGGCAUUUUUGCAGUUUUAAAGAAAAAAUGCCAGCACAUCCAUAGAUCUCUACAAGGUCUCAAGAUUUGUGCAUGCUCUCUCCACAUGGCCAUGUUGACUUCUGCUAGAAACCGAGAGCUGAUUGUUCUUUUACACUUGAUCGGACUGUGGGUUACCAGUGAUGACAGAGGUGCAGAAUCAACAGGACCCACUUCAGAACUCAUCUGACCGUGUCUCACGGUUUUCAGCUCAAGGACCACCCUAUCAUCUUUGCAUUCUGCUGCAACGAACUUGUCAGCUUCCUUUUAAGACUUUAAAUUUCAUCUUAGUCUCCUUGGAAGGCUUUCUUCAAUGUUCUGCUCUUUAGGGUUUAGCCCCAAAUUAUUUCAUAAUUCUGUGUGUGAACAACUCACAGAUGUGUGUGUGUCUCCUCUGUGGCCUGAUUCAGGGCUCCAUAUUCCAGGUCAAGCUAUGCCCUCAGUAGCAACACUAGGAAGACCCUUGCCGGAACUCGAUCCCCAUUGUCAGCAGGCAGUGUGGAAGGGAACAGCAAACAAACCAGCAAGGAGGCAAGAAGGGAGGAGAACUAGUGGGUGAGGACAUGGAUUGAGUGAGGAGAUAGCCUCCAGCUACUGGCCUUGAGUCUUAACAAAGUUGCUCUUGUGUGGUAUGAGGUAAUGUAUUGUAUGGCGAAAAGAACAGAGGCCAGGGUGUCAUUUAGGAGAUGCAUACAGACAAAAGGUGGCUGACCAACUUCGUAAUUGCAGAGAAAAAUGCCUGGACUCUGGGUAUAAUGCAGGGAGAUCCAACAGGCUCUGUCACAAGUUUGUCUGCUGGAUGAGUGAGCCAGAAUCAUGGCUGAUCUAAAGCUUUAAUUCAGUCCCUCAGGACUGAAUGAAGUAGCAGCUUGGGGACUGGCUAGAACCAUGGAGGGAGUACUCAGUGGGAGGUUCAGUGCAAGGUAUAUGUCAACCUUCAGCUGCUCAUCAGACAUCCACUGGAGAGCAGCCUUGGAUUUCCAAGUUUAUGUUUGGAAGUCCGGGCCUGGAGAGGUGUUUGGAGUCCUUAGCACCUGGGAGCAUUGAAAGCAUUUCCAAGUGUAGCGGGUGGAACCGGCUGAGGCAGAGUGGCCAGUGAGGAAGAGCCUCCUCCUUUGUCUCUGAGGUUGGAUUUGGGGAAGUCAUCUUCCUGCUGUUUGCCUCCAGCAGAGCUUUAAGAUCUCCACUAUGUGUGGAGACAGUGUUUGCAGGGGACUCUCUUCCUGAACUACAGGAUGGAGGCCCUGGCUUCCUUGUUGAUGGCUCUGAGCCUAGGAUCUAACCCAGGCCUUGGUAUUUACUGGUCUGGGUAAAGUGAUGUGUUUGCCAAGUGUAUAAUAGUCUGGGAGGCAAAGCGCCACAGUUUCUGAACUUCAACUACAACUCUGUCCAUCUGGUCUCGACACAGACAGCAUUCUGUUUCGUUCCUUCCUCCACCAGCCUGCUCUCCCCAUGCACGGCACAUCUGCUUAGAGCACAGUCUACCUUUUGUAGACUGAAGGAAGCCUGGGUCAUUAGGGGUGCCAUUGGAAAGCAUAAUUUUUAAGGUUCUUCAUGAGGGAGCGUAACCUAAGAAAUUGGCAGAUCUUAGGAAUGUGUUGCAUAGUUUCUGCAUUAGGGAAAACUAACGUAGGUCUCCCCACACUGCAGAUACCCUUAGUUCUUAGGGUCUAAACGCAGACCUGUGCCUUGUUCUGUUGAGAAAACCUAAUGUAUUGAAUUACAUUCAAAUAAAGAAAACACAAAUAAGUAAUGUUUGGGCGUGGCUUGUAAACCAAGUAAGAUUAGCUGCCAGCACCUCACAGUUCCUGUUACAAGCUUUCCAUCUCUGUAAUAAAAUGCUUGAGGCAAUUAACUGA